AUGGUCGCUCAAGUUCAAAAACCAGCUCCAACUUUCAAGAAAACCGCUGUCAUUGACGGUGUCUUUGACGAAGUCUCUUUGGAGAAAUACAAGGGUAAAUACGUCGUCUUGGCUUUCAUCCCAUUGGCUUUCACCUUUGUCUGUCCAACUGAAAUCAUUGCUUUCUCUGAGGCUGCUAAGAAAUUUACCGAUAUUGGAGCUCAAAUCUUGUUCGCUUCUACUGAUUCUGAAUACUCUUUGUUGGCAUGGACCAAUGUUGCCAGAAAAGAUGGUGGUCUAGGCUCUGUUGACAUCCCAUUGGUUGCUGACACCAACCACAGUUUGUCGAGAGACUACGGUGUUUUGAUCGAAGAAGAAGGUAUCGCUCUAAGAGGUCUAUUCUUGAUUGAUCCAGCCGGAAUUGUUAGACACAUCACCAUCAAUGAUUUGCCAGUCGGUAGAAAUGUCGAAGAAGCUUUGAGAUUGGUUGAAGCUUUCCAAUGGACUGAUAAGAAUGGUACUGUUUUGCCAUGUAACUGGACUCCAGGUGCCGCUACCAUCAAGCCAUCCGUUGACGAAUCCAAGGAAUACUUUUCCACAGCCAACAAAUAA